UAAAAUAUGGGAACAAAGACACUACACGUCUCCCCAGACGGUGGUUGGGGCUGGGCUGUGGUGCUUGGUUGUUUUGUGGUACAUAUGAUUAUGGAUGGGUUUGUGUAUGCAUUUGGAGUGUUUUAUAUUGAAUUUCUGGACUAUUUUGGAAGUGACAAGGGGACGACUGCACUGAUUGGGUCGUUAUUGAAUGGGAUGUAUCUAUUUGCAGGUCCGAUAGCAAGCGUAUUGACCAAUCGAUAUGGGCCUAGAGUUGUGACCAUAGCUGGUGGUAUUAUUUCAUCCGCUGGUUUUGCUGCAAGUGCCUUUGCUCCUAAUAUUUACUGGUUGUGUGUUACAUUUGGUGUUAUUCCAGGAAUUGGUGCUGCCUUAAUGUACGUUGCAGCAAUAUCAUGUGUUGGACAAUACUUUGAAAAGAAAAGAGCGUUUGCCAUGGGCAUCGCUUUAUGUGGAACUGGCAUCGGUACCUUCGGUUUGGCGCCAUUAACCGAAUACUUAAUUGAAUUAUACACGUGGAGAGGAGCAGUUUUAAUUGCCUCUGGUAUUAUGUUAAACUGUGUAGUUGGUGGAUUAUUUUUCAGACCUCUUAAUUUGAAAAUGAAACGAGAAGAGACAGAGAAAUUAGACAUAAACAAAAGGGAGGUAACACUUGAUCAGGAUUCCUCUGAAGAAAAAGCUUCGUUAAUUGUAGGGAAAAGUGACAGCUUUCUUUACCAGAAAAGUUCUGAUUUGUGUGAUUCUAAUGUAACAAGAUCUCAGUCCAAUAUGGAAACACAUACAAACAAAGACUUAGUUCUUAAUACGAAUAAAUCGUCACCUUCACGCCCAAAUACAACCAACAGCACAAGAAGAAAGGUAUGGACAACUGUCGAUCAUUUUCUAAAGAAGUUAUACACAAUUUUUGGGUGUGCAAUGUGCUUAGAUAUAGUGUAUAUAUUUUUCGUCAUAAGUAAUUGCUUUGGAUCAAUAGGUUCGGGAAUACCUUAUAUUUACAUCCCUGAUCGUGCUUACGAAGUUGGAAUAUCGAAAACAGACGCAUCUUUUCUUCUAUCAGUAGCUGGGAUGGCUAAUACAGUUGCACGAUUAGUAUUUGGGUGGCUCGCAUCUCGUGAAUUUGCAAACCCAUCUAUAAUGUAUGGAAUUAGUCUACUACUUUGUGGAAUAUCAACUUUUGUUUCUCCUUUUAAUGACAGUCACGAGUUCCUUGUGUGUUAUAGUGUUCUAUUUGGUGCAUGCGCAGGUGUAUACAUAUGCUUGAACGCCAUUGUUUUAGUUCAUUUUGUUGGAAUAGAUAAUUUGACGAGUUCCUUUGGUAACAUGUUGCUAUUCAAAGGUCUUUUUCUAUUAAUUGGAACACCGGCUGCAGGUUGGCUUUUCGAUGAAACAGGAAGUUACGCCAUUACUUUUUAUUCAGAUGGAAUUAUUCUGUGUUUGUCAUCAGUAUUCUUGUUUAUUGGGUAUGCUCUCAAUAAAAAUAAACUGAAAAAGUCAAGAGAAACUUCUAAUGUUUUGUACGAAUAAAAUAUUGGAUCAUAAAUAUAAAGAGUUUUCAGGGCGAUAAGGAACUAUCAAGAAUGCUGUUAUUUUGUAAAACAGAAACAGUGCUUGUUUUAUGGUGUCUUUGGCUGUUAAAGCCACAUCACUGAAUGAGUGGUAUAAGAAGUUAACUGUUCAUAUAACUU